UCAAAGAGAGCGCACACUCCGGGGGGGGGAUUUGAACAUGUCGCGCCUAAAAGGAGUGUCGGAGCGGGAUCCCCGGGCCGGCUUCCGAAACGAGAGGCGGGUCGGUGACGGUCCCGUGCCUCAGGGGCUGUUAAAGGCGGCGAGGAAGAGCGGCCAGUUGAAUCUGUCCGGGCGGAACCUCAGCGAAGUUCCCCUGUGUGUCUGGAGAAUUAACGUGGAUAUCCCUGAGGAAGCGAAACAAAAUCUGUCCUUCAGUUCCACGGAGCGAUGGUGGGAGCAGACGGACCUGACGAAGCUCAUCAUAUCCAGCAAUAAGCUGCAGGCCCUCGCAGAUGACAUCCGGCUGCUGCCAACGCUGACUGUCCUCGAUAUACAUGAUAAUCAGCUGACAACCCUUCCUUCUGCUAUAAAAGAGUUAGAAAAUCUUCAGAAACUUAAUGUCAGCCAUAAUAAACUGAAAAUACUCCCUGAAGAAAUUACAAAUCUGAGAAACCUGAAGGGCCUGUAUCUCCAGCACAAUGAACUGACUUGCAUCCCAGAGGGAUUCGACCAGCUUCAGACUUUAGAAGAUUUAGAUCUCUCAGUCAAUCGUCUUGCAGCUGUUCCUGCUAGUUUCUUUUCUCUGUCCAGUCUCGUGCGACUCAAUCUUUCCAGUAAUCAGCUGAAGAGCCUGCCAGCAGAAAUAAGUCAAAUGAAAAGGUUAAAGCAUUUGGAUUGUAAUUCCAAUCUGUUGGAAACUCUACCUCCCGAAUUGGCUAGUAUGGAAUCACUAGAAUUGCUCUAUUUGCGAAGAAAUAAAUUACGUGUUCUACCAGAAUUUCCUUCCUGUAAGGUAUUAAAGGAACUCCACGUAGGUGAAAACCAGAUUGAAGUGAUAGGGCCAGAGCAUCUCAAGCAUCUGAAGUCUCUCCUUGUGCUAGACCUGCGGGAUAACAAGUUAAAAUCUAUCCCAGAUGAAAUGACCCUGCUGCAGUCUUUGGAAAGACUUGACUUAAGCAACAACGAUAUAAGCAGUCUACCCUAUUCUUUGGGAAACCUUCAUUUGAAAUUCCUGGCACUAGAAGGAAAUCCUCUGAGAACCAUUCGAAGAGAAAUUUUAAAUAAGGGGACCCAAGAAGUUCUGAAAUAUCUGAGGAGCAAGAUCACAGAUGAUGAACCUAAGCAAAGUGAUUCUGUCACUGAUACAGCCAUGACACUCCCAAGCCAGUCCAGGGUCAAUGUCCACGCCAUCCUCACACUAAAGUCAUUAGACUACAGUGAUAAGCAAGCAACUUCGAUUCCUGAUGAAGUGUUUGACGCAGUAAAAAGCAAUAUGAUCACUUCAGUGAACUUCAGUAAGAAUCAGCUCUGUGAAAUUCCCAAAAGGAUCGUGGAAGUGAAGGAAACAGUUUCUGAUGUCAAUCUUGGUUUUAAUAAGUUCUCCUUCUUGACCUCGAACUUGUGUAUGCUUCAGAAGUUGACUUUUUUAGAUCUCAGGAAUAAUAUUUUAAGCUCGUUGCCCGAAGAGAUGGGAUCACUGAUAAAAUUACAAUCAAUCAAUCUUUCCUUUAAUAGGUUCAAAAUCUUCCCAGAUGUUCUCUAUCGCCUCUCUGCCCUUGAGACAAUCCUCAUCAGUAACAACCAGGUUGGCUCUGUGGACCCGCAGCAGAUGAGGGCAAUGGAGAAACUUAUGACACUGGAUCUUCAGAACAACGACUUGCUGCACAUCCCGCCGGAGCUCGGGCACUGCGUGAGCUUAAGAACAUUGCUUCUGGAUGGAAAUCCGUUCCGUGUUCCCCGAGCAGCCAUAUUAAUGAAAGGAACAGCUGCUGUUCUGGAAUAUUUGAGAGACCGGAUUCCUACUUAAUGGGCACUUGUAUCAUCUUGGGCAAGUGGAUUCUCCGAAUAAUCUUGUUCGUGUCCAUUCUUGGGCUCCUUACAUUUUUCUAAGGUGUGUCUGUUUAUAAAGUGAUGACCACAUAUACUGUUCAUGUGUUUCUACAAGGUUUACUUUACUUCCUUUCAUUCCCACACAACACAGCAGUGAAUUGUAUUUAAUGGCAUUUGAUAUUUUAAUAAUAACAAAGCCUUUUGUAGAAAUGUUUUUUUCUCUCUACAUCUGUGUGACAUAGAAUGUGAUCCAUUGACUUGAAAAUGCCAGUCCACCUUUGCCUUCUCAUUAAGUGAAAUUUUUGACUUGAAAUAUAUUGAAUACGGUUAUUUGUUAUUACAAAAUUUUUGUA